GCACCGGCAACGCAACCCCAAUCAAAACUAUAAUGGCGUCAUUGUAAGCUUCCAAAUCAAACAUCCGUAAAUUGUGAUCAAACUAGUGCAGAAUGGCGUCUCCCGCCCGCAAUUCGCCCAACAACCCCCCCGACAACGUCAAGACCGAGGACAGGGGCGAGGAUAUUCAGGAGCAUUCAAACUUCGAGCAAAACAGACGCGGCGGCGGCCGGGGUAGACGACGCGGCGGUGGGCCCCCGUUCCAGCGCUUCAACAACCCGCGGGGCCGCCGCGGCUUUGGUAGGUCCGGCCCCGGGGGGCCCCCACGCCGUUUAGACGAUUCCGGAGGACCCGAGCAGGAGCCUGAAAUCCACAAAGAGUCCAGGUUUCAAGACAAACUCAUGGACAAACUGUCGCAGAUUUCGGGGCCUGCGGUGGAUUUACCCCCCUUAGAUAUAAUCGAGAAGAAGUUCUCUGGCAGGAAUCGGCUGUACAUUGGGAAUUUAAGCCCUGAUAUAACUGAAGCUGACUUGCAAGACUUGUUGGGCAAAUGCGGCGAGUUCGCCGAAUUGUUCGUAAACAAAGAGAAGAAUUUCGCUUUUGUGAAGUUCGAUUAUUACGCUAGCUGUGAAAGGGCGAAGCGGGAGCUCGACGGACAGGUUCUGAAGGGGAAGAAUUUGAAGAUUCGGUUUGCGCCAAAUAAUGCGUCGAUUAAAGUGAAGAAUUUGGCGAAUUUUGUCUCGAAUGAACUGCUGAAUUACGCUUUCGGGGUAUUCGGGGAGGUGGAGAGAGCCAUUGUUUGCGUAGACGAAAGGGGCAAACCCACAGGCGAAGGCAUAGUCGAGUUCGCCCGAAAAGGCUAUGCCCUCCACGCCAUUCGCAAAUGUACAGAACGUUGCUUCUUUUUAACUGAAUCUCUGCGUCCGGUCGUCGUGGAACCCUACGAAUACACGAAUGACACUGACGGUUUUCCUGAAAAAUACCUCCCCAAGCGGAACCCCGAGUAUUUGAAAGCCCGCAGCAAGGGGCCCCGUUUGGCCGAAAUGAGCUCCUUCGAGCAUGAAUACGGUUUACGCUGGAAGCAACUCCUGGAUCUGUUUGCACAGAAAGAAGAAGGUUUGAAAAAAGAGCUCCAGAUGGAAAUGGAGAAACUUGAAGCUCAAAUGGAGUAUGCUCGCUACGAGCACGAAACGGAGAUGCUCCGGGAGGAAUUGCGGGCCCGCGAGUUGGACAGAGAGCGCCAGAAGCAAGAAUGGGAGAUGAAAGAGAGACAAGUGGAGGAGCAGAGACGCCGCAACGAGGAACAAAUUCGGAGACAGGAGGAGUCUCUGCAAGCGCGUAUGAUUCACCAUGACGAAGAAAUGAGACGGAGACAACAAGAGAACAAUUUGUUUAUGCAGGCGCACCAACUGCAUAACAUCUUGGAUGAACAGGAACAAGCGUUCCAGAAGCCAGAGAGAUUCGAGUCGGGGAUGGACGGUCGGGACGGGUACGGGGAUACGAAGGAUGAGGACGGCAACAUGGGGCAACCGAGUAACUCGUUCAGAAGGGACAGAUGGAUCACUGAUCGUCGUGACGACUUUAUGCCGAAGAGGCGCAGAUUCUAAUUAAGUUUCAAAUGCACUUAUGUAUGUGUAAAUUGGUUCUUUUUUUCUAUGAUGUUCUUUAAUGUGGAUGUGUUGUAGAUUGAUUCACUAUCAAUAAAAGAUUUAUAGUUUAACAAA